CGCGCGUGGUGAGGACGUGCCCGGCGACGGUGCUCGGUUGCGCAGGAGUUGGCGCGCGCCAGAGGUCGCCUGAGAGCUGAGCAGACUGACAACCACGGACAUGGCCGCCUCCGCCUAGGCGUCGCGCCCGCUGAGUCUGUGGUCCCUGGUUCGAGCCGGACUGACUGAGAGUCGCCGCCGUUCGUGUCCGAGUCGCGUCGCCGCCGUGAGCCAUGAAGAACAAGCGUCUGAACAUCCAGGUGGAGUCGAUUGACCCGGACGAGCCGCUCGACCUGUCCGUGCGGAGGCCGUCCGAGCCCGACCGCGACUUUGAGGAGGCGUUCGACGACACGGAGCGCAACCUGGUUCUGCCCAUCUUCCAGUCGAAUGUGCUGCCCAUCAAGAAGCGGAAUGUGCCGCAGGCGCAAUUCACCAGCUCGUGGGCUGAGCUCCGUUCCCCAGGAGACGAGCGCAGCGCGUCGACGAGCAGCGGCGCGGAGGUGACGUACGCGGCGCCACGCGCGCCGCGACCGGCUGCCGCCGGGCCGCCGGAGCCGCCGCGGCCAGCCGAGCACUCGCGCCUGCUGGAGAUGCUCACCUCCGACGGGCACGGCUCGCCGGCGGCGCCGCUGCUGCGCCCGGCGCCGCCCCAGCCCCAGCCACACCCCCAUCACCAUCACCAGCAUCAUCACCACCAUCAGCACCCGCACCCGCGGCUGCCCGGCCAGCCAGGCACCGGCUCGCUGCCGCCCAGCCCGGCAGACAGCGGCGUCUCCGACGUCGACAGCAGCAGCGGCAACGCCAGCACCGACGAGCUCAAGCCCCGGCUGCACAUGCUGUCCGGUCGUGUGGAGGACAGCCACCACCCGGCGGCGCCGCACCCCUUCUACGGGCCGCAGCGGCAUCCGUACCGGCACCAGCCGUACCCCAGACCACCAGUGUCGGAGGCGGUGUACAGCGGUGCGCCGAGCACCAGUCAGCUGCCGCCUCACAGCAGCGCGGCGAGCCCGGCCGGCCUGUACGCCGGCGGCCUGGCGCCGCUCUUCUCGGACGGCCCGCUGCCGCUGCCGCUGCCGUCGCCGUUGAUCGGCAGCCCGCCCGCCUCCAGUCCCGAGGAGGCCUACAAGGCAGCCGCGUUCGACUUCGACGUGAACCGGCGCCGGGGUCGGCGGACGCGGCCUGACGGCGCGCCCCACCCCAAACGGAAGAGCCGCGACGGUUCUUCGCUGUACCUGUGGGAGUUCCUGCUAAACCUCCUGCAGGACGCGCGGUACACGCCGUCCAUCAUUAAGUGGGUCAACUUCCGCGAGCACGUCUUCAAGCUGACCGACUCGAAGGCUGUAGCGCAGCUAUGGGGGCGGCACAAGAACAAGCCAGACAUGAACUACGAGACCAUGGGGCGCGCCAUGAGGUACUACUACCAGCGCGGCAUCCUCAACAAGGUGGACGGGCAGCGGCUGGUGUACCAGUUCAAAGACGUGCCGCGGGACCUAAACGACGUGGUCGAGAUCGACUGUUCGGGCACGUAGGCCGGCCCGGUCGCCCGCCCGCCUCUGUACAAACGUGUGAUCUGCUGCCGCUGUGAGCGUCCCGCCGCGCCCGGCCAGCCCCGGCGCGCGCUCUGCACGGGGCACCGGCGCCGGCGCUCGAUGCCUUACAAGGACUGCCGGGCGCAGCCAGCGCGGUGCGCCACAAUCUAUUUUUUACACAUGCUGUGCGUGAAAAGUGAGCAGUGAUCUCACCUUUUCAAGCCUACUUAAUGUUUGUUGGUGUGCGGCGUGCGCGUGGGCCUUGUUGGCGCGUAUAUGGAGUUUAUGCGUAUGGUAAUGAUAAUGUAUAUGUUCGUGUCGGUUGCCGUUCACCUUGGAAAGGUUACCGCGUGACUUCGACGGCGCGUCGUGGAUACAGUGUGUCGGCAAGUUACCCAUAUUUUCCAGUACCUGACGCUGCGGUGGGUUCCAGGUGAAAUAGCCCGUGCUUUGUCGACUCGAUAUCCGUAUGUGCGCGCGCCCGGUCGCAGCCGACGCAGGUCCGCCGGCGCCACCCAUGGCUUCCAGUGUGCCCCGCUGACCCGCGCCACAGCUUACACCGCCGUACGUGUCGCUCCGUUGUUGGUUUGCCGUUCGGCGACACACCGUACUUCAAUUACGUAUAUGUGGCUGUUGGAGCGACGCGCGGUGGCCGGUGACGUCACCCGCACACCGGCUGCGCACGGCCGAGCCGGCAGCGCGCUCUGUACACAGUCGUUGGUUCGUCUCACGGGAAUUAGGCCGGGUGGUAGCGGUCGCUGGUUUUCUGUGUGCGUCGCCCGCGCCGCUCCGGGCGGCGCGGCUUCUCCACAUAUCUACUUACAGUCCAGAGUCGGCCGGCCUCGCGCCGGGGACAGACUGCCGCCGCGGGUACAGGCUGCUGUACAACGCUUGUGAUCGUCUCAUGAAAUACAAACACG